CUGUAGUACCCAGGAGCGUACUGUAUAUUUCCCAGGCGGGUUUCUCGGUCUCAUCAGGUAUUUCUGGACUACGCUUGUUCAUUAGGUUCUGGCUUACCAGCUCGUUCGCCGUAGAUUAAUCUAGAUGCCGCGAUAGGCGUUUGGCUUGAGCCGCUAGAAGAAUCAAUUGGAAGCUCGACACGAGCUUGUCGGAAAUCAGAUCAACGAUAGAUUUUUAGGGUUCUUCGCCGUCCUCGACGAGCUCGUAUAAUCUCCAUCGCCAAACUCGGCGAAAUCAGCGAACUUUAGCCAAAUGUCGCACAGGAACCGAGACUUGUCGCGAGGCAGCGGCCGUCAGAACCCUCCCUCAGGCCACUCGCAGCGCGGAAUCAUCCAGUCCCAGCCUCAGCACCCCUCCGGUCCAAACUUACCGGCCGGCGCACCUGGAACCGUCUAUCAAGCCAGACAUGCCGGCCAAGCUCCCCUGCCCGUCCAAUUUCAAGGACCCGCCGGCCAGCCGCCAUUUCUCGUCCACCAGGCCGGACCUCCGUUCGGUCCCGGGCCUGGCUUCCAACCCGGACUCGCAGGUCCGGGCCCGGUCCAGGUGGUGGUUCGGGGACCGGCUCCCCUCCCGGGGAUGCCUGCUCCGCAACCCCCUGCCGCUCAGAAUGUCGCUGGCCAGCAGAUGGAGAUAAAACUUGCCGCCCAGCAGGGGGACAUUCAGCAGCUGCUGAUGGAGAAUCAACGGCUGGCGGCGACCCACGUGGCGCUGAGGCAGGAGCUGGCGGCUGCUCAGGGGGAGAUCCAACGGCUGAAAAACGCCGUUGGAGAGAAGGAUCAGGUGAUCCGAGGGCUGAUGGAUACGAAGGCGAAGCUGGAAGCAGACCUGAGAGGCGCAGACACGCUAAGGAAGGAGCUGCAGGUGGCGAGGCAGGAGCUCCAGGGAACGAGGGGGGAGAUCCAGGCGCUCACGUCGCGGCGCCAGGCGGAGGAAGCAGCGCGGAUGGCGCAGCACCAGCAGGCGCAGCAGCAGCAGCAGCUGCUGGCGCAGCAGCAGCAGCAGAUGCAGCAGCAGCAGGCGAAGAUUCAGCAGCAGGCGGCGCAGAUAGGGCAGAUGAACCAGGAUCUCAACCGCAUGCACGCGGACGUGCAGCAGGUGCCCAAGCUCCGGCAGGAGAUGGACGCUCUUACCCAGGAGCUAGCACUCGCCAGGCAAGCGGUGGAGUACGAGAAGAAGGCGAAUAUGGACCUGGUGGAGCAGCGCGGCGCCAUGGAGAAGAAUCUAAUCGCGUCUGCCCGGGACGUGGAGCGACUCAAGGCUCAGAUCGCCAACCUGCCGCCCAUGAUGAGUCAGCAGCCGCCCAACCUGCCAGCUGGCACUCCGCUCCAGGCGGGUGCCUACUCUGGGAUGCCCUACCAGGGGGUUAGCGGAGGAUUCAUGGACUAUGGGUCUCAAGCCAACCAGUUUGCAAGCUAUGGCAGCCCCAUGUCACCCCCCAAUCCCAACGCCUCGGCCGGAACAGGUGGAGCAGGAGGAGGGGGGAUGGGAAUGGCUGGGGGGAUGUCCACUCCAUAUGGGGUGCGCCCGCCUCUGCCGCCCAACCCCUAUGCCUCGUCCCCUAUGUCUCCUGGCUCUGGGGGGGGAGGGCCCGGGCAAAUGCGAUCCCAGCAGCAGCGCUCGGGGUACUGAGGAAAAGACCCUGAGGAAGAGCAAGAGGGGGAACGGGAUUGGCAGGAGGAAUGGCAGGAGGGAGGGAAGAGAGUGCGGGGGGGGGGACCACUCCAUACGGGGUGCGCUCACCGAUGCCGCACAACCCGUUCACCUUGUCCCCUAUGUCUCCUGGUCCGGGCAGGAGGAGGACCUGGCCAAAUGCAAUUCCAGUAGCAGUUCUCGGAGUACUAAGGAAAAGUAGGAGAGGACCAUGAUCCGUGGGCGAUUCAAGACUCAUCCUGUGUUGAGGAUAUUGAGGGCAAUUGUGUUGGAAGGUGUUCUGUUGGUUUUCCAGCUGGAUGUUUCAUGUAUCACAAAUGCAAUGAUGUGCUCACACUUCUCUAAGGGGCUUAGAUAAGCUUGUGGUGCGUUGUCCUAUUGUGCAUUUAAUAUUAUGCUUUGUCCUAUG